UAGAAAGACCGCACGAUCGCGUUGGAAGCGCUACGAUGUAAAACAUCGCGAAUUUGCAACAUGAGUGAGAUGAAAGUACAAAUCGUGUGAUGUAGUCUUUUAUGGUUCUCGAAGAAUCAUCUCCGAGCAAAAAUACAAAAUUUGUUUGUUAUUAUUAUUGUCCGAAGGAAUCGUGAUGUGAGUAGAGUGGUAACAGGUUCCGACUGUAGUACCAUUUGGUACUACGUCACGCAGCCAAAAACAAUGCCUUCGAAAAAACUAAGAAUGUAAGCGGAAGUGUGUGUUAAUGCUGGAAUAACAAAUCGAUAGAAAACAAUAACAAUGGAUGAUAGUUCGCCGGAUUUGAGUCUUAAGCUGAGACGGGGGUCCAGCGAUUCGAGGGACUCUUUUUAUAUGGAUUUCGAUAAAGGCAUUGAUUCCGAUAUUGAAGAGAUGGCAACCACUUCCGCUGCUGACCUCGGGGAUACUACUGCUGACACCACAGCAACCCCCACCGCUUUAGGGCACGGCAAAACCGAAGGCGAAAGCUGGCCCACGAUACCACCCCAAAACAUGAGCGGUGGCAGUCGAAGCAGUGCACUUGGGGGCGGCGACCCUCUGCUGCCGUCUCCGGCAUCCCCUUCCGCCGUUAUAGUAUCACCAGAAACGUUGAGUCAUCAUUCUUCUCCGUCAAAAUCAACGAAACAAACCGCACAUGUUCACAUUGCCUCGCCCCCCAAAAUUUUAUCACCUGGCCCCUUAGCCGUCGCCCCAUUAGGCUACCAUCAGCAGUUUCCAGUGAUGAGACGACUUUCACGUGCCGAGAAGCAGAUAGAGUGGAGGCAACUCGGAGCAGACGCUUUGGCGACGACUUUGUCGGCUCUGUACGGGAAAUUAUUGGUGGUGAUGGGAACAGCGUUUCCGAUGGCGGAAGUUAUUUCAACAUACAUUCCUCCAUCAUUUUACGAAGCUUACUAUCUCUAUCUCUACAUCGGGAGCAUGUUCUUUCUCCUCUACAUGUACACGGUGCUGCUCAGAGAUAAAAGAAAAAGAAAACGAGAAGUGGAAGCAAGCAAUAAAAGUCCUAAAAGUGGGAAGGAGGAGAGUAUUACGGACGAAGAAUCCGAUAAUGAUACAGGGGAGACUAGUGCAGAUACGGCCAGUUCGCAAAUAUACAAUAGACCGAGGCGAGCUUCCUUACCAUCGGUGACCAAACAGAACCAUUAUGGAAGUUUUUAUCUGCGCAUGGGGGCUGUCGCUUUCGGAAUUGGAAGCAUGAUAUAUUCAGGACUGGAAUUUGGACAAUAUUUUGAGUUAGAAAGAGACACCAAAUGCCAUAACGUCCUAUUAGCAUUAACGCCAGCGACUCGAAUGGCGUUUAUUUUUAUACAAAUGUAUUUCAUCUUCUUAAAUAACGAGCAAAUGAGGGUGUACAGACACAAAGUUGCAGCUAGAUUCGGUUUGAUGCACAUGAUUGGAACGAAUCUUUCCGUCUGGUUGAACGUGUUGGUGCAAGAAACCAAACACGAAAUCUUGACGUUCUACAACCCGGAAAACAACUCCUUGCGAAUAUCCCAUAGGAUACCGUUCAAGAACAAUAUACUGGGGCUUCCGGCUGUCCCAGUGGAUCAUCCUCCGGAAGCGCACGGCCACCACAUCGUGGCUAGGGGUCUCAAGGGUCCGCAUCAUCUUUACGAGUGUAGACGUACUAACAUAAUAGGUUCCUUAGUACAAGACGCCUCGCCGUUCCUUUUCCCUUGCACGAUAGAGUACAGUUUGAUAUGUGCGGCCAUUUUGUACGUGAUGUGGAAGAACAUAUCAAAACUGCCGCUUAGCAGCAAUUCUAAAGCAAGAACCGACCUUGCAGCCUACAAAAGGAGUCCGCAUCACUACUCCGUCGAUUGUGCCAGAGCCCACAAGGGUCUCUUCGUCGGAAUAUUGCUUCUAGUCCUCACGAUAAUCUCUCUCAUUUUGUUCUUCGUGUUGAUCUCGCGGUCAGAAUUUGUCGGCCUGGCGGUUAUAGAAGUGAACAUUUGCGAGUUGACGCUGUACGCCUUGACCACUCUAGCUGCCAUACUCGGUAUGUGGCAGGUUCGCCAACUCAAAUACGACGGCAGCAAGAAUUUACAAUUAGAUAACAUCCUCCUAAUCGGUGCCCAAACUGGAAUGUUUAUUUAUAGUACUUUUACUAUAAUCGGAGGACAGUUCACCAUACAGAGAAAUACAGUUUUAGUACUGGUGACCGCGUUAGCGUCACUCCUGCAAACCACUUGUCAAACCAUUUUUAUACUGGACGCUUCGAGAAGGAGUUGCGUUACGCCAGAGCAAAUCCGAAGGAAACCCGGAAGGCAAAUCGUAACUUUUCUCUUAGUCACAAAUUUAGCGAUGUGGGCGAUCAACACUUUGGAGAAGUCGCGGGCUGAAUCCCAUCCCAUACAAUUACACUUUUAUGGCUUAUGGGCUUGGACUAUAAUCACGCAUGUAUCGAUGCCGUUGGCGAUUUUCUACAGAUUUCAUUCGACUGUUUGCUUAUGUGAAAUUUGGAAACGUGCAUAUAAAAUCAAACCGACCUACAUGUAGCGGUCGGAAAUUAUCUAGUCUUUUUUAAUACAAGUAUUCGAUUUUUGGAUUUUUUUUUAAGACUGAAGUAUUCCAAGAAUGAUGCUACGAACCGUUUGUGUGUGCGUGUGUUAGGGCAAUUCUGAUUUAUUUUUGCUUAUCUUAGACGAAACAAAUGUUAUUUAUCGAUCAGGAAAAUCUUAUCCAGGUUCGAAUAACGUGUAAGUCGUCUUUAAUUAAAUCUUGUAUUUUAUGACACUGUAUUACGAGUAUAUAUUACAUAACUUGGUAGUUGCAAGACUUCAGGGAAAUUGGAUAUGCAAAAUCCAAUGCAUAUUUUCAAGGAUUUUUUGCUACAUAUCCCCCAAGCGAGCCAUUCUAACCUAAGUAGUUCUCAUAUUAUCCUCUUCAACUUAUAUGUAAAUUUUGUAAGUACGUAAUUAAGUGUUUACAUGGUUGGUUAUCAAGACUGAUACUCCCUUAGGAAUGCUCAAAAAUCAAGCUUUUUCUGUUCAAGUUGCAUUGAUUUUUUUUUAACCAGUUGCAGUAUUUUUGCAAAAGGCUUGGUCAUAUUUUUGGAGGGAUUUAUCCGUAGUUAAACCCUGACAUGAUACGGCCUGUAUUAAGAUUUCCUUCCGCAGACGAAAUAAAUUCGCCUAAUGUAGUAAUGGCUGAAUAAUAAUGUCCUAUUUGACUGUUGAAGUGAUGAGUUGCGUAACAUCCACCUUUAUAGUCAUAAAUCAUAUUAAUGGGUUUACGUCAAGAGAAAUAGUUCACUGUGUUCGAUACAAAGGCCGUGGAAUGUAAAACAGUAGGUAAAUAAUUUACUUUGUAGUCUAGAAACAGAAGUUUGAUCGAUUCGAACAGGGUUAAUAAUAUUCAAAUAACAAUAACGAUUAAUAACAUCAAAUAAUCCAAAACAUAUUUUCGUGUUAGUGUUUGUAGACUGAUAUAGAGUAACCCUCCUUCAUAUCAUCGCUUUGACCUUUUUACACACAAUUUACACGUUUUUAUAACAAUUUACAAGUCCGUCUUCCUAUGACAUAGCCACGAAAAGUACAAAUUCGCAUUAAAUAAAUAAUUCCUAAUUAUUCGCACUGUCCAAACACCACGAUCAGCCUAUUUAAAAUUUAUUAAUCUUUACACAAGAAUGUCACCAAUCCAACCUCCACUUUGCUCAACUGCUUAUCGAUGUAGUAGUACAGCAAACUUUUACCUCUCGGGACAACGAGAUUUUUGUUAUAAUUUUCUGUUGUUGAUCUCGUUGAAAGUAAUAUAAUAAUCUUUUGUUAUGUACAAAUUUUGGGGAACAAUAUUUUGUAGUUUAUAAUACUAGAUGCGUCUUAACGAUUUUGAUAAGGUAUAUCUAUCUAUGAGGUUAAUCGGUAGUUUUAAAUGUUAAAUUUGUGUAUUUGUUUUACCAAAAAAAAAAAAAAUGGUGCCAAUCAGAAUGCUUUUAAAUUUUGUUCUGUGCCAUAUUAGUUUAAGAUUAUUUGAGAAUGUAAAUAAUUUAUUCAUAAAUUAUUUGUUAUGAAUUUACAAUUUUAUUGUAUAUAGAUCUUAUUUUAUUUAUUUAAAUGUUAAUUUUAAUUGC